AUGAGGACCGAGGAGGAGGACUGGAAGAUGACCGAUGAGGAUGAGGAGGAGAGAUGGGAUGAUCAACGGGGAGUUGGGAUGGUUUAUAUCGUCAUCGUCCAGUCUAUGAAGAUGGUGUCUGGACUCUGUGACCGGGGACGGCAACUCGGGGCGAUAGGAUGGAUCAUGGCGACAUUACUCGCAGUCCUUGCCAACAUCACCGUCUCUGGAUAUGUCAAGGCCAACAACAACAACAACAGGCAGGGGGGAACUCGUGAAGGAGGGCCCAUCAUGGUGUGCGGCACAAGCUAG